AACAACAGCAAGGGCAUUUCUUUUUUUUAAAAAAAUAAAAAAGACAGACAUUUGCAGUGUAAUGCUUUGAGAUAUUUGUUUUUAAGCUGUUAGCUAAGAAGCUCACGACAGCUGUUUAGUGCAGGGGGAAGUCAGUGCUGAGGAAACUUCACUCAUUGUCCUGUCUGACUGCAAAUCAACUAAACUCAGGGUUUCUUCACUAAUUUCCUAUUUCUGCAAACUGUUUAACAAGGUAGUGAACGGUUUUGGACACGUCCAGAAAGUCUAAAAUGAAGAUCCUCUUCUACUGCCCUCUCUGCGCCUCCUGGUACCACCUCUGCGACUCAUGUCGGCUGCUUUAUGGCGGAUCUUUCAGCAGCAGGAUGUAAUGCAGUACGGGAUGAUCGCAGACUUUGUUUCACUGGUUACUGAAACUGUACCGGAGCUCUUUAGUCCCACACAUGCAGUUGAACUUGUUCUGGGUCUGCGUGCAAAGCUAAUUUUGGAGCUUUGCUUCAGGGAUGAAACAGAUUUGAUCCAGCCUCAUCUCAACAGCAUUCACUUGGUUCUUCCUCUGGUCAAACAUGUGGACAGCACGGAGGGAGAAGAGACGGGAGUUCACUUUGUGGAAUUGGUUCAAACACUAAUCAAAGACACAGAGCAGAGAGAACACUUCUUCCAGAAUGUGUUUCCAGUGGAGUUUGGACCCAGCUAUGACUCUGCCCUUCAGACACUCAUGUGGGACUUCUUGUCCCGACUGGAGCACUUCCUGCCAGUGCCAAAUCUCCUUCAGACGGUGGCCUGGCUCAGGUCUGAGUCUUCUGCUUUAAAAGACUGUGAAGAAUCCAUCAGGAACCCAGACAGCCUGAGAUCACUGCUCCAUCACUAUAAGUGCCUUGGACAUCUGGACACUUGUGCCUCUUCAGCGUUGCCGAGAGUGAGUGACUGCAUCCUGACUGCUCUGGCUGGUAAAAGAAAUGGAGUGGCUCAGAUAAAUUCAGGUGAUCGUCUCAAUCCACCUGCUCCCAGUGAGAUGCCGGUGUGUGUAAUGGACGGAACCGAUGUUGAGACUGUCGUGGUCACAUCCGAAUGGACGGAGAUUGAAUUACGUGCGAAUCAGACCAGAGAGGACACGAGUGAGGAUGGUGAUCAUUCACCCUUUGCUGCUGAGUGCAGCCCGAAGUCUAGUGGAAACACUAAGGGAAGUGAGAUUCAGGCUGAGGAGAAUCAGCAUUUAGGAGAAUCUGCACUGACUCAUAACAAACACGAUGGAGCUGUAGGUUGCACUGAACAAAGGACUGCAGAAGCAGAACAACUGGAACAUAAAGCUAAGGAGGGACUGAGUCUGUCCUGUAGUGUCACACCUCCACCACAUCUGGACUCCAUACUCACCGUGCCUGUAACAACUUCUGACGGAGCUGCCGUUUUCGCCGUCCCCACCGCGAUCCGCAGAUCAGCUCGAACGCCGAAGAAGACCUGGAAGUUGAAAUUGGUUAACCUCCAGAAGCAGAAACGAAAACCUGGUGUGGUAACUGGACAAAAGCAAGAGAGGAAGCCGCUUGCACCCGUGAGAAACUCUGGAACUGUGACGGAGGGAGAUGGAGAACGCAUCGCGGCAGAUAACAGGGAUGUUACUGAGCUGUCUGUAUCUCCUGGCCUUGUCACAACUGAUGGAAACACAGAGCUCUCCUCAAAGACAUUCUCUUGCCCUCAGUGCCCUUUUACACACAUUCAGGAGCGAUAUGUGAAAAGCCAUAUGAAAAAGGUCCACCUGGUUUCAUCAGCGACCGAGAAAGAGCCUCAUGUGUGCCAGGUGUGUGGCAAAGGCUACCGCUACCCAGGCAUGCUGAAGGCACACGAGCGCAGCCACACGGGCGAGCAGCCUUUCCAGUGUACAGCGUCCCACUGUGGCCGCCGCUUCUCCUACAUUCAAGCACUGCGGCGCCAUAGUUUGGUACACAGUCACAAAAAAGCUUCUCAAACCCCACCUGGGGAGUGUCUUUCUGAAGCUGAUUUUGAAAAGGGUGAACCUCAGAAUGAUGAACGCUGGAUGUACACGUGCCUGUAUUGCAGCGAGAGCUUCAGCUCACUCAGCGCUCGCCGCGAGCACCACAAGACGCAUCCCGAGGACGAUCUGAAGCGCUGUAACGACUGCGGAAAGAGACUGAGCUGUCGGGCAGCGCUAAUCAGGCACAAGCGAGGCCACGUGGGUGAGCGGCCACACAAAUGCCUGCUCUGCAGUUCCAGCUUCGUGUGCACCACCAGUUUCAAGCGACACAUGCGGCUGCAUCAGCCCGAGAGGCCGUACCGUUGCACCUGUGGUAAGGGCUUCGCAUACAAAGGCGCGCUUCUCUCCCAUCAGCGGACUCACACAGCUGAGAGACGUUACAGGUGUUCCCACUGCAACAGAUGCUUCCUCUACCCCGGAGAGCUGAGAAAGCACGAAAGGACCCACUCGAACGAGAAACCGUACCUGUGCCCGCACUGUGGCAAGAGUUUUAAGAGAGAGCGGAUCCUUCGUGCACACGUAGCCGGCCACACCGAGGACAAAAUCUUCAAAUGCUCCUUAUGCAACAAAACCUUCGCAUACAAAGCGAGCCUGACCCGACACGAGCUCACACACACAGGCGAGAGGCCGUUCCUCUGCUCCGACUGUGGCAAAACCUUCUUUUCAUUCGGGGAGCUGCUGAAACACCAGCGCUACCACACAGGGAUCAAGCCGUUCCAGUGCUCACACUGUGACAAGAGCUUCACACAGGCCUGCUACCUGCAGCUACACACCAGGUACCACACGGGAGUGCGGCCCUACACCUGCCCCCAGUGCAGCAAAAGCUUCUUCACUUCAUGCCGCCUCAAGAGACACAUGCAGAUCCACACGGACGAGAAGCCGUUCGAGUGCACUGAGUGCGGCAAGAGAUUCAGGCAGGCGUAUGUGCUGAAAGUGCACCAGCGCACUCAUUUGGAGAAAGAACUGAGGGUUUAAUGAAGGAGACUUUUUUUUUUAGUAUUUUUGUGUAAUCAAUAAUACAACUCCAAUUCCAAAAAAGUUGGGAUGCUGUGUAAACUAAAUUAAAAACUAUGCGAUAAUUUGCAAAUCUUGGAAACCCUAGAUUUCAUUGAAAAUUGUACAAAGAUAACACGUCAAAUGUUGAAACUCUCUCUCUCAUUCAUCUGUCAUUAUCUGUAGCCGCUUUAUCCUGUUCUACAGGGUCGCAGGCAAGCUGGAGCCUAUCCCAGCUGACUACGGGCGAAAGGCGGGGUACACCCUGGACAAGUCGCCAGGUCAUCACAGGGCUGACACAUAGACACAGACAACCAUUCACACUCACAUUCAUACCUACGGUCAAUUUAGAGUCACCAGUUAACCUAACCUGCAUGUCUUUGGACUGUGGGGGAAACCGGAGCACCCGGAGGAAACACGCGGAGAACAUGCAAACUCCACACAGAAAGGCCCUCGCCGGCCACGGGGCUCGAACCCGGACCUUCUUGCUGUGAGGUGACGGCGCUAACCACUACACCACCGUGCCGCCCCAUGUCAGCAACACAUUUCAAAAAACUUUGCCACCGUGUUGCAUCGCCUCUACUUUUAACAACACACUGUAAACGUUUGGGAACUGAGGAGACCAAUUGCUGUAGUUUUGAAAGAGAAACGUUGUCCCAUUCUUGCCUGAUAUACAAUUUCAGUUGCUCAAUAGUUCGGGAUCUCCUUUAUCGUAUUUUGCACUUCAUAAUGUACCAAAUGUUUUAAAUAGGAUCACAGGUCUGGACUGCAGGCAGGCCAGUUUAGCACCUGGACUCUCUUACUACAGAGCCAUGCAGUAUUAAUACAUGCAGAAAGCGGUUUGGCCUUGUCUUGCUGACAGAAAGAAAGUCUUCCUUGAAAAAGAUUUUGUCUGGAUGGCAGCAUAUUGCUCUGAAAUGUGUUUAUAUCAUUCAGCAUUAAUAAUGCCUUCCCAGAUGUACAAGCUACCCAUGUCAUGUGCACUAAUGCAGGGGUUCUUAACCUUUUCUACUUUAAGGCCCACCUAUUCAUACUUGUAAUGAGUCGGGACCUAUUAAAAAAGAUCCCCUAAUUAUUUUGGCUCAUCUAUUCUAUUUGAACCUAAUAAUCUACUGUAAAGUGUAUUAAUGGGGUCCAACAUCACUCCCUGUUACAGAUGGGAGCCCAGGAAUUAAAUAAAAACAAAUUGUUUUUAAUUGUAGGUAUUGUAUUUAAAACUGUAUGGAUGUGCCAGAAGCUAAUAUAAAACCAUGCAUGCAUGCAGGGUCAUUCUCAGUCAAAAGGGAUUAAUGAUCCAAAAGUGGAGUCUGGUCCAUUAACACAAGAACUUCUCAUCUCAUUAUCUGUAGC